AUGUUUCGAACCGUGCGAAGCUGUGCUGUGGCCCUGCCCACCCGAGCAUCCACCCUGCGAGCCUACCAUUCUAUCAACCUCAUCAACACAAAGCCCACCGAGGACUACAAUCCCAAGACCAAAAAGUUGCUAGACGCAGCCAUGGAUCUGGUCCCCAGUCUUGGAUUCACUGACCAGGCCCUUACACUCGCCUCUAGACGUCUUGGUUACACAGAUACAACUCCCCUGGUGCUUCCCGAGGGUCCUCUAGAUCUAAUUGUGUACCAUCUUCGACGAGAACGAGAGAAGCUGGCCGUCGCCUCUGAGACUGCUCCUGCCGACCCUCCUGCCGCCCCCACGACCCCGGAUUUCCGAACCAAGGACCAGCGACUUGACGAUGCCUGCCACGAACUCAUUGUGCAGCGUCUCAAGGGCAACAUCCCCGUCAUUGAGCACCUCGACAACGCCUUGGCCCUUAUGGUCCAGCCUCAGAACAUGGCCGAGUCUCUCAGCGAGCUGGGAGCUCUCAGUGACGAGAUUGUUCACCAGGCUGGCCACCGAUCGUCCGACUUUGACUGGUACACGCGACGAGCAUCCAUCUCUGCUGUCUACGCUGCGUCUGAGGUAUACAUGUGCCAGGACAAGAGCAAGAACUUUGAGGACACCUGGAAGUUUGUCAAGAGCAGUCUGGAGGCCCGACGGGGGCUGCAGGAGGGCGUUGGAAACGUGGGCCAGUGGGUCAGCUUCCAGGGCAUUGCCUCCGUCAUGGUCAUUCGAUCCCUGAUGACUCGGUUGUAA